GUACGCGAGCGUGAAUCUCCUUCCCGAUAAACAGUCCGCGUCGCGGCAUAUCUGUAUCCUUGCGAGAGAUAAAAGUUUCGACUUACAAGAUCCGCCGCAAUAUCCCGUAACACCGCAACUUCCGUUCGAGACUACGCAAAUUCGCUUUCGAUCGCAUCGAUAAUCAUCCCCGAAAAUAAUAAAAUUUUAUGCCAAAUGACGAAGCGGGGUUACGUCGGGUUAACCUCAUUUCUAUUUCCCUCACCCUAAAGGUCAUUAACAUCGAGCACGGUGAAUCUCAAUCGAGUCUGCUACAUGAAUGACAACAAUUUAGAGGAUGGACUGGAUUGGCCAUUGGAGGAACAUGAAUUUGAAGAAGAAUAUGACGCCUUGAAUGAUGAAACAUUUGGCCCUGAUGCGGCUAUUGGUGAUUGGGAGGAAGAUCAUGAGAAGCUUGCCGAAAUUACAGAAUCAAAUCGCCCACAGAAUCAGAAUGCAACAAACAAAAAGAAUAUUUCUAAUAUAGAUAUUGAGGAUAACUUAUCACAUUUGGUAUUGGAUAAGGAAGGUAUAGUUCCACGACCUGGUGUAUGGGGCAGCCCUUUGAAUCUGUCCCCUCCAAAGGCUCAACCGCGGUUGUCUUUGCCAACUUUGAAAAAUGCCUGUACUGUGGAAGAACUCGAAAGGGGGCUUGUUGCAAAUAGGCCACCUCCAGGUCUCAGUAAACCACAAACGCAACAACAGCAGAGAAAGUCUGAAGGUUCACUUCUUUUUGAGGCUCUAUCUUUGAAUGAGAAAUUUCAGGUCAAUGGCCUACCUCCAACACGUUUCCCACCAGGGUUAGGCCUACCUGGGGCCCAUCCCAUAGUUUUGCCCAACAUAAGAGUACCGCAUCCUCAAUUGAUGCAACCUCCUAGAUUAUUAGGCUUAAUCAGUAAGUAUAAUAUUUACCAUUCUCUACAUAGUAUAUAUUAACACAUAUAUGUGGAUAUAU